AUGCUUAGCCAAUAUUCCCCUCGGCCCCGAAUGACUCGGCUGGACAGCAAGAAUAAGCCUUCCAUCACCUCAACCGGCACUUGUUCAACAUUUACGUCGAUGAAUUCGCCGUCACCGACAACUAGCCCGGCGGGACCCUCUCAUCCUCAUGGCCAACACCAGUACCCAUCAACAUGUCUCUCACCCCUCCGGGAAGAAGCCCUCCACCUCGAAGACCUUGAGUUGAUGAUGCACUGGUGCACAACAACAUACAAAUCUAUGGCACGGGAUGCUUCUUCCGAGGUAAUAUGGCAAACAACCAUUCCCAGACUCUCUCUUCGCUACCCAGCUCUUCGCCAAGGCCUCCUAGCCCUCUCAGCCUUGCAUCUCGCCUCAACAACCCCGUCUCCCCAACGCUGGCGAUACCUUGAUAUCGCACGCUCGUACCAAGCACAAGCCCUAGCAGACCUUCACGCUGAUAGCAACGAUGUACCCGAGGCACAAAGCCAAGCAACCUUCGCACUGUGCUGUAUAAUGAUUGUCUUCACCUUCGGUUUCUACCGGAUCGACACCGAAAACGACUCGGAUGGAGAGGGAAAGCAGCCUGACACACUGGACGAGUUCUUUGAAGUCUUCCAGCGGACCCGAUGGCUUGUGAGCAUCAUGAUGCACUCGAUCGACCGAAUCACCGAGGGCGAGCUGAACCCACUUAUCAAACCCGAAGACCUGUCUCCAACGAUGCCAGACAUGUCGCGGCUAGUGAUUUUCUCACUCCAACGACAGAAUAGCAUGGAGGCAAGACGGGACGCGGCCCACGAGACAGUCACCUAUGAAUCUACCAUCGGACAUCUCGGCGAUGCCCUCAAACAGCUGAUGGCGGGCGAAGAACCGAGACUGUUUGCCUUUGGAUGGAGCCUGCGGGUCCCUGCAGAGUUUGUAGAGCUGCUUGAGGCGCGUCGUCCAUUUGCGCUUGUUGUUCUCGCACACUAUGCGGUGAUUUUGCAUCGUCUGAGAGAUUCAUGGUGGAUGGGCGAUUGGGGAACCAGGAUUUUGGAGGAAAUCGGUGAUCUUCUUGGACCGGAAUGGCAGGAGCUUAUUAGCUGGCCCAUUGAUGCGACCGGGUGUUUUCUUCCGAGAACUGAGGUGCGAGUGAUACCAUCGGUUGGCGUUUGA